UGUAUAUGAUAAAAUGAAAAAGUACAAGUAAUAGGGUGUCUUCCUAGUUCAGUCGAGCAGCGGGAACGUACGCGAAGUUGCUUUGUCAGAUCACUGUCACAUAAAAUGUUCUAACACUUUGUAGUCAUAAGUGAUAUGAGUAAUUUAGUAUUUGGAGUUGGCAUAGGACUGUUUGUUAUUUUGAUUCUUUGGGCCAUAGCUCUAUUGAUAUUUGUUAUAUCACUAAGAGUUGAAAAGAAAAUUGGUAUUAUUGCUAUAUUAAUUGUUGGCGUAUGUACAAUAAUUUUAAUCGCUUUGCCAAAAACAUCGGAGAAAUCUAAUACCACAGGAAAGAAGAUAUAUGAUCACUUGUUUAUCUGGCGUAUUAUAUUACUUGUAUUGUUGUCUAUAUCUUCUGUCAUUGGUCUAGUAGGAUAUUUUAAAUUUACAUUGACAGAACCAAUAAGACCUGUUCGAAUAUCUAAUUGGGUUUUUUAAAGAUUUAUUAAGCCAUUAAUAAAACAUGAAGACUUCUUACUAAUUAAAUGCUGCAACUGAACAAAACUGUAUAAUUCUGCUCAACACUAUUUUAUUUUAUG